AUGGUGAAAUCAACAGAUCCCCAGAUCAUCUAUGCACUAUUCUGCAUUGUAAAAGAAGCUCGUUUAAACAUCCUAGGUAACCCUUGGACGAGGACCCUGAAGGUUGCUGUAUGUUUCAAGGAUGAUGAAGUUAGAAACGAAGCUGGAAAGCUAUCUUUAUUCACCAAGGAAGUUAUACAUUACCUCGAUGUGUUCAAUGUUGGUCCCAAGAUCGUUGAUGUCAAUGUGAUGGCUGAUCCUGCACCAGUUCUCGUUCAGACUCAAGCGGUCUUCGCAUGA